AUGCUCAUAUUUGUUGAAGUGCACGGUGUUAAUCUGCACUACGGGUCAGUGCGAUUAACUCUGAUCCCAUGCCAUUACGUUGAUAGCGCGUUCUCGUUAGGUAAACAACGUCCGGAAGAGCUUGGCGAUGACCCUUCCGAAUGUCGUUUGAUCGACUCGAGAGGACGUCGACGUCCGCUUCUUUUUAUGGCUUCAUCGGCACCACGUCUUCUUAGGCUAGCCAACAACCUAAGCGAAGUCACAAUUCUCAUGAAAGAAGUGGAUGCAUUUAGAAAUCCAUAUUCAGCAACAAGUGUGGGAGAUUGCUCACCAUAUACACCUGGCGGCUAUUUGGGUCGACUUCUCGGGCCAAUUCCACCAAAUUUGCCGAAUUUGAAACAAUUAUCGCUCCAUGUUGAUGUUAUGGUGGAAUCUAUAAGUGUUUCCCCAUUGCCAUGCCCAAGUGAGGAUCUACAGUAUGCUCUAUACUCCUUAGCAUCCGCGCCAUUUCGCACUUUUGUACAG